AGAAGAAGCCGGAGUUUUGUCGCGCAGUGCUGACACUUCUUCCGAUUCACGGCAUUCGUGAAAUCAAACCUUUCUGUCUGUUUGCAGUUCACCGUAAGUGACGGCAUUUUAUGGCAGCGUUGGACGCUAAUGACGGCGGCCAGCUGCGUGACAAACGGCGGGCAGAGACAGUGAUGAAGGCGGCGCGGUGUGGAGUCCUGUAACGGCUGCACUAUGAUCCCCGUGUCCCUGCUGGUGUUUGUGAUGGCAGGCUGGUGUGCUGUCUAUCUGGCGGACACGCUGCUCAGGUCGUCGGUGACGCAUCGGAUCAACUAUGAGUCGUGGCUCGCCAGUCGUGGCCUGAUGUUGUCUCCUUUUCACGUGAGAUGGCAAACCACCAUGUUCAACCGACUAUUUGCAUACUGCGCCCGCAUCAACCCCCGGGCUCUUUACAUGUGGUUCAACAGUGGUCUGGUGUUUGGUAUCGCUGCCAUGUUGGGCUCAGUGGUGCUGCUGAUAAGGACUCUGCAGCAGACCAUCGCUCAGAUGACCACAGACAACCCACGGAUUGGAGAUCAACAGACCCUGCAGGUGGUGGUCCCCGGCGUUAAUCUACCCACAAGUCAGCUGGCCUACUUCUUCAUCGCCCUGCUGCUCAGUGGAGUAAUACAUGAGCUGGGCCACGCUGUGGCAGCACUGAGGGAGCAAGUGCGAGUGAAUGGAUUUGGGAUGUUUGUGUUCGUAGUUUAUCCUGGUGCAUUUGUGGACCUCUUCACCACACACCUCAACCUCAUAUCACCGGCUCAGCAGCUCCGCAUCUUCUGUGCUGGUGUGUGGCACAACUUUGUUCUGUGUUUGGCAGCGUUGGCCUUUCUCUUCCUGUUGCCGCUCCUCCUGUUUCCCAUGUACGCCACCGGAGCUGGAGCGCUGGUCACAGAGGUUGUGCAGGUCAGUGCCUCAGUUUCACAUAUCAGAGUUGUGCUAUAUUUUCCAUCUGUUUCUCUCCCCCCUGUAGCUUUCAAGCGUCUGGAUGGAACAAUGGACUGCUGCAGCAACAACAGCCUGACCGACCUCUGCUUCUCUUACAUUAAGCCACAGGGCAGGAGCAGCAGAGAGAGAGAGUACGCCUGCAUGCCAGUACGUAAGAUGGUGACGGGAACGCGAGUGUGUCAUACAGAUGACGACUGUGCUGCACAUUCCCACACUGCCAGCAUUUGCGUCACGCCUUCUCUGGAGAACCAGACUCGCUUCAUCCGUGUCACACACCCUCCCAACACGCACAUGCUGUUCGUGGGAUAUCCGCCACACCUGCAGUAUGCAGUGAGUCUGACUAACUUUGUCCCCCGCUUUGGAUUCCUCCACCUGGACCUUCCUGUAUUCCUAGAAACCUUCUGCAAAUACGUGGUGUCCCUCUCUGGCGCAUUAGCAGUAGUCAACUCUGUGCCGUGCUUUGCUCUCGAUGGUCAGUGGAUGCUGAACGCCCUGCUGGAGGCCACGCUGGCCAGUGUGGUAAUAGACCGUCAGAAGCGUGAGCUGAUUGGUUUCUUCCUGCUCCUGGCAGGCAGCGCCCUGCUGGCGGCCAACGUGGCGCUGGGCCUGUGGAUGGUCACGGCACGGUAGCCACAGCGGUCAGCUGCCCCGGUGGACUGAGAGAUGUUGUCUCAGGAUGCGUUUGAGUGUUGUGGACCAUUAAACUGUGAACAGACUGCAUUACCCAGAAGCACUGCCCACCUUGUGGAGACUGUUGAGUAUAACAUCACUCUGCCUUUAAAAUUUGACCACCAGGGAAAACAACUUUAAUCCACCGUGUUGCUGCCAUAAAUCCAAAAGCACACAAACAAGUUAACAAAUGCACUUGCUGUAAAGCACUGUCCUAUGUGACUGUUUACAAAGACUGAACUGAUGAAACGUGUGUUUGUGUUUUUCAUUACUUUGAUUCCAAAAAUGCCAUAUUUUCCUGAGGUAUUGACUAAGCUAACCUGUGGACACAAAAACGUUUAAGGAGCCUUCUUUUGUUUUCUGGUGAAUGCAUGGCAAUAUAAUAAUCUUGAAUUCCUUAUCACUGUUGAAAAACUUGACUACCUACUGUUCAUGAAAACAUGAAUUAUUUAAUUAAAUAAAUCGACUCCUAUCAAUUUGAGCCUAUUUAAAUGGCAUCUAUCCUUCAGAUUGAUCUGGCAUUGCAGUGCAAAAAUUGCUUUCUUUUUCACUCACCUUUUCUUUAUGUGUAUGUUUUAUUUUUUAUUAUGUCUGCCAUAUAGUUGCAAAAGUCAAUUUCUAGAAAUUGUGAAAUAAAAACAACAGUUUUCCUCUUUCUUUCCUUUUUCUUUUGUCUGUUGAAGACACUGUUGGUAUGUCUGGCAAGUGUUUUCCCACUUUUUACUUCUACUACACGUCUUACUUUUAUUCAUCAAUUUGUCAUUUAGUGACAAAACGUUAGAUAUCAUAAUUUAUAUUCAAGCAAAAAAAAAAGAUAAUUUUGUAUAAUAUGUGCAAUUUUUCCCCUAUGAAGCGGUUAACAUUACCUGCACUGCAGCAGUGACAAUACUGUAUACUGUCACAGUGAUAAUACAGCAUUUACAAUAAAACAGCAGCAACAAA